GGAGAAGUGGUACAUACUACUAUGUUACGGUCUGCCAUUCAUUCCCGCUUUUGUAUUUUUCUUUGUGCAUACAAAAGAACGCGGCUAUAUGUAUGGGAGUGCUGUAUCAUGGUGCUGGAUCAAGACAAAAUGGGGUUGGUGGAGACUCUGGAGCUUUUACGUACCGGUUUGGAUCACCAUAUUAAUCACAAUCAUGAUCUACGCCGUAGCGGGAAAAAAGAUCUUUGACAAGCGACAAGAACUCGUUAAAGCAAAUGAACGAAUAUCACCUGACAACCUACCCAAAGCACGGAAAGAAAAAUCCAGAAGCUCUCAAACCGAGCUUCUCCCAACUACGAACUCCGUCGAGGAAGCCUCUUCCAACAAACCCUCCCGACCGGGAAUACCUCCAGAUCAACCAUCAUACGCAAGUGUGAAUCCCAAUAAACAAGCCAACGCGGCUAUGUGGGCCUAUGCAAAAGUCUCGCUACUGUUCUUCCUCGCUAUGAUGAUCACGUGGAUUCCAUCAACUGCUAAUCGCAUCUAUUCCAUUUUGUACCCUGGCAUGGUUAAUAUGCCGCUUCAAUAUGUUUCUGUGUUUGUGUUGCCGUUGCAGGGGCUUUGGAAUUCGACGAUUUAUAUUAUUACGAGUAUGGAUGCUUGUAGGGUUCUUUGGAAGAAAUUGGGGGAGCCGGUGGUGAUUCUCAAGGGGGGUGGGGUGUGAGGAGUGAUGAUGGUUGAUUUCGAGGAUGGAUGCGGUUGUGAGAAUGCAAAGCAACUCGGAUGGUUUGUAGAGGAAUUAACUCAAUUAACGUCCGAAAUACUGCCA